AUGUCGCGGCACGGUAAGGUCAAGAAUUUCAUGACUGUACCCGCACUAAUCGGUGUUAUUGACGACGAGGAGAACGUGUUGCUGUUUGGAGGAAAGCAGCUCAAGGCUGGCAGCGAAUAUUUCUUCCCCGACAAUCUCAAGACGCAGCUGUUUGUCAACCAAACUGGCCCCGACCACGCCCCUCACGUCGGAGUCUUGAUCUCCAUCGAUCAUGGCGAACUUGACAGCCCUUACACUGGCACCCAUUUCGACGCCCAGGCCAACAAUCAAGCCACCACGGCCUACAGAUUGUGCCUGUCUGUGCUAGUCAAGGAGGCGAAACUCAUUCCUGCUAAACUUUCAGACUCCACAGAUGGCGGCGACUUCAAGAAGCUUGCCACCAUCCCUUCCGAGUAUCUGCCCCAGUCAGUCGCUGACGUACAAAACAAAGGCAUGUCCUCAGUUCCAUGUGCAUUGCUUGCGCUAUUCAGUGCUGACACAAGCAAACAAGGUGGUGACUUGAUGGCAAUCGUUAUCCAACUCAACGAAGCUAAGAUGGGCUGUGCAACGUACCCUCCGUUUGUCGCCAAGGGCCCCAAUUAUGGCCUUGUCCACAGCGAUGAGCCUUUUGAUGGUGUUGUGUCCUUGUCAAAGAUACUAUCUGCACGCUUCAUCAUUGCGUACUUUCCCAGUCCCCGUCUCCCAGAUUUGACCAAUGCUAUAAAGCAGAGCUUGGAAGCAGCUCCAAUUGAUGCAGAGCGGCCUUUUGGCGUCCGCAGCAUGCACAUGUACGAUCGCGAGCACCUGGAACAAGUCGCCGACGAGCUCUAUCUGAAAGUCGAUCAACAGCCUAUCCGCCCUCGGGCAGUCACUGAUUGGACGCAUUACCGCGCCGCCAAUGUUCUCGGCAUGGGCGCAGAGACACUUCCUUUACAGCAAGACAUUGAGGAGCUGGCCAAGAAGAAAUGCCAAUCUCAGCUUUUCCGCGCGGACGAUGGAAGACUCAUUGCUGCAUUGGAACUGCCCAAGAAUGAGGAUUUCAGAAAGCUGAUGGCUGUGGUCAACAAGAGUGGCCAGAAGGUCGACGUUCACAGGCUCGAGCCUCUACCCUGGGGUCCCAAAUCGGGCGAAAGGAAGCCAGAAUUCGAAGAACGGGAGCCAUAUCCUGCCACAAUCCUAGAGAACCCCCCCGCAGGAAUCGACCUGCCUUCGAAUUGCGACAUUGUUGCUCAAAUGUACCCCAGGAAAGUCGAUGAUGAGACAAUCGGUGCUGCUGAUGAGUUGUCAGAUCCUCAAACAAAGCGCUUCAUCGCAAGCUUUUCCCAGCACCUUGACGAGGUACCGUACAACCAAGACAAGAUCAGCAACUUGUCGAAGUACUUUGAGUGGGCCUCACAAGAGAUAUCCAAAGCGAAAACCAGGAACAUGUUGUGUGGACGUGGUACCAGGGAAUACAGAUUUGAUCUCGAACGCCAAGCCGUUUGCGAAAUUCCGCCCCCUUACCAGCGUCCUAUGGUCAACCUUCUACUGGAAGGUUCAAAGAGAUCUGCUGGGGCUGGUCUGACCACCAAGAUCAUUGCAAGCACCAUUGGCAAGCUCGGCGCCUACAGUGAGCUCGUAGGGUCUGCCAUCAAGGCUCUGCCAGAUGGAGUGCUGUGCAUUGAAGCAUUUCCAGGAGCCGGGAAGACCACAGUUACAGCUGCUAUCGAUGCGCUCCUUUGCCUGCUUUACCAAGACUACAAGAUCACGGUUAUCGCUGGACAGCAUGCCGCCCUAGAUGCACUGAACCUCAACGUCACUCGUCAACUGGUAUCAUCAGUUGUAGACAUCAACAAGGAGAACGACAUGAACACCUCUGAGCCUGCUGUGCAUCUGCCAUUGGUGCUCCGCACGACCACCGACCAACACGCCGAAAUUUCGGAAAUGGUGCGCAUUAUCAAGGGACAGUACAGGUCUAGCCCUGAUCCCACGCGCCCGAAUACUCUAUGUGAGCUGGUUCUUCAGCUUCUUGGAGCUGGCCCUCACCGCCUUCCGGAUUUUUCGAAGGCAGAGCUCAUCGAGUUGGCCAAUGCAAUUAAGUCAGCGGACGACGAAGCCUUCCAAAAGCUGCGAAGCUUUGUUGCUGGAGAAUUGACAUGGGAUGAUGCCAACAAGGACCCACGGAAGGAAGGAAACAUGGACCAGAACACAGUGGAGGUUAUGUUUCCAACAGGACAGUGUUCCAACUUCACAGUGAGCCUCGAACCGAAGGGAAAGACUGCAAAGGCUGCAAUCAAGGCGAUCAUCCCGAAUAUCCUUCCACAUGUGAACAUCCUCAUUGGCACCACCGCGACCAUUGGAACCAAGAUGUACGAGACAUUCGUUCGACAAGCAGACCUUUGCCAGAACGAAGAAGCUGGUGCGACCUCCUGUCCUCAGAUCUUCACUGGAUACCGUGGUCUUUCUCAACGUUUCAUCGUUUCUGGAGACAACUCGCAGUUCGGACCGUUUAUGCUUGAUUACCGCAAGCACAUAUUCAGCGAGUACAUGACCACAUCCACUCUCGAUAUGGUCAAGCGCGCAGGGUACCCUGUUUUCCAGCUGAAUGUACAGUACCGGGCAAUCGAUGGACAAUUCGACCCAGUGUACGAAAUAUUUUACACCAAGUCGAAGAAAGUCGAGUCUCCUGACAGUCAGCGGCCGGAAAACCAUCCAGAAGCGCAGCGUGUUGAGGAGUCAUUCGUCGCAGACUUUGCCGCCCUUCAGCCCAGUCCCGAGGGCCACAUCAUUCCGAUGUUCAUCAAUGUUCCGGAUUCCACAUGCGACUUUGUCGGCAAAUCGAGAUUCAGCCCCAAGCAGACCAAAGCAGCCUUGUACAUCGUACAGAAAUUAAUCUCUUGUGAAGUCAAGCCUGCCGACAUCAUGGUCAUUGGAGCAUACAGAGCAGAGAUCCUUGAGCUGCGGAAGUCCAUUCCUGAUCAUGUGAUGGUUACAACGGCCGACGCAGUUCAAGGCCAAGAGCGGCCUUACGUCGUGUUUGUCUUUGCGACAAACAAGGAGACUGGACCUGGAUUCACGAAGGACCCUCAACGACUAUGUGUUUCCAUGACCCGCCAAAAGUCUUUCCUGGCGCUCGUGGGCGACAUCGGUGCUGUAGACUACCAGAUCCCUAGCAGAGCUCUUGCUGAUAAGGACCAUAUACACCUAGCGAGCAUCCACAAGUACUUUGUCACGAAGAAGCGCGUGGGGCACUACGGACCCCAACAGGAGGCGGUUCAAGACGCCGGCACAAGUGAUGAUGAGGAGGAGAGGAGACUUCUGACGGCGCGGGACGAGGCCGUUGCAGCGCGAGACGAGGCUCUUGCUGUCUACGAGAAGGCUGUCGGUGACAGCGCCAGGGCUGUUGCUGCUUUGGAAGCUUACUUAGCAGGCAAGUCAAAGAAGCCGGCUCUGAAUUCGACGAUCAACACUGGUCUAGAACUCGAUAAGCACUCACUACAUGGAUCUGGCAAAACCACCACGUCUGGCACCGGCAAGACACAGGUAGAAUGCUACAACUGCCAUGAGAAGGGUCAUAUGAGCAAGGACUGCAAUAACGAGAAGAGCAUGCAGUGCUUCAACUGUCAAGAGUUCGGCCACAUGAGCACGAACCCGGAGAAGCCGAGGGACUACAGCAAGGUCAAGUGCUCCAGGUGCAACAAGUUUGGCCACACCAAAGUCAAGUGUGACCAGCCUGAGCCUCAGGAGGGUACUAACUCUGGUUUCGACAAUGAUGUUGCUGGAUCAGGCUUCGAUAACGACGUGGCUCGCCCGGCGAUUGGGAUGCCUCAGGCGGUUGGGCUAACGAUGGUACCCAGUCUGAUUGGUGAUCUACAGUGCAUUACUGACCAGAACAUGGAGGCGAGACGAGGCCGAAGUGCGACAUGCUUCACAGCGCGAUACAUUAACCACCUGUCAUUCGACCACGGAUCACGGAAGCUGGUUGCGUUUUGA